AUGGAUGAAAGUGAUAAUAUGGAAUUUCCAGUGACCAAUCUGUAUGAGUUAGAGGGGCGUGUUUUUACAGAGACUUGGAAUAUUCCAUAUAAAAAAGAAGAGAGUUUGGGGAAAUGUUUGGUUUCUGCUGCCAAACUAGCCGAGGCUGGCUUAUUAGAAAAUGAUGAAAAUUGCUGUCGUUUUAUAGAUAAAUGCAUGCCAGAAGCAUUUUAUAAGCUUCUAACAUCUAAUGCAGUACAUAAAUGGGGCAGUGAGAUACAGGAAGGGAUAUAUGAUAUGUUAAUUUUACUGAUUGAUGUAGUAGUUAAUAGAUUAAAACAUCAACCAGUACAUGUUGGUUUGUUAGAUGUCCUUACUUUGGCUUUUGAUCCUGAAACAGAAUUUCAUUUUAAAAAUAAAGCUAAACGUGAUACUAAUGGUAAUUGGGAAGAGAAAUUUGAAGAAGGUCAACCAGUAGCAGUGAUGCCAGUUGGUAGUUAUAAGGCUUUUUCAGCUCAGGGUGGUUUAGAAUCGGUGAUUAAGAUUUUAGAAAAUGAAGAAUUGGAUGCACCUGUUAUGGCAGCUUUAUUACGACCUUUUGGUAUAUGUUCUGAUUUUCUUAAUUCUCAAUUAUUAAAAGACUUGUUAGCACCAGGUAUGGAUAGAGCUAAUAAAUAUGUGAAAGGUUUAGAAGAGAAAGAUUUGAAGGAAAAGAAAAUAGGCAGUGUGGCCAAUUUACUCGCUUCCAUGAAGCUACUGUGUCUAAAUAUGUGGGUACAAAAUGUUGAUGCUAUAGAUGAAUUGAGGUUGGAAAUGGCUUUAAGAAUGUUGAAGUCACCUAAUUUUAAUGCCAAGAUGAACUCAUUGAAAGAGGUGACCAAGUUAAUAGAAGAAUCUACUGGUAGUAAAGUACCUAAAACAGCUAUAGAGACUGAUAAAAUCUUAGAUUGGCUAGUUGAUAACAGAAUAUUGAGCAUUGCUCUUGAAGGUAAUAUAGACCAAGCUCAAUAUUGUGAUAAAAUUAAAGGAAUAGUAGAUUUUCUAGGCAGUAAGUUAUCUACUGAUGAAUUAACUAUGAUCUGGAAAAUGCAGAAUGGUCAGACUAAUAAUGUUAUAGAUAAUAUACACUCUAUAGUUGCUGCGGCUGCUGUUAAAUUUGAUCCUCAACAGUUAGAACAUUUAUUUCUUCUUAUACAGAAGAAAUGGCAGGAUGAUAAUAAUAGAAUGAGAGAGAAGUUAUUAAGUUUAAUUGGUAAAAUUGGUAAAGAUGCUAGAGUCGCAAAAACUACAACUAGAGUGUUAGAAUUAUUGUGGGAUUUAGCUCAUUUACCAGUGUUAUCAACCCAUCUUAUAGAACAAGCGUUAGAAGAACACCAUGCUAUAUUAAGUGAUAGCUAUAGUGUUAAAGAACAGGUUAAAUUACAGUAUGUUAAUAAAUGUGUGGAAGACAUUAAAAAGGAGAUAGAAAUCGAACAUCCUUUAAAUUUUUUUCAGGGAGUUAUUUUAGAGUUAAAUAAAAAUUGUGAUAUUAUUAAAUUAGUAACCAAUAGUUUGAUUAAAUGUCACAAACAAGGCGUGGCUUGUGUUGGUGAUGGACAGCUGUCACCAGAUACACUAGUUGAUGGUAGAUAUCCCCAUUCAGAUUAUAUGACUUGUCAUUUAAACUUCUUACAAUAUGUAUUACGAGAGGGGGUGUUGUAUUUACCAUGGAAUAGAGCUAGAGAUAUCUGGACAACCAUGGCUGCCAACAACAGAGCUUGUGAAUGGGAUAGAGAGACCUGCUAUAAAUGGUUUUCUGAUCGUUUGACUGACUUGGAAGCAGAUUCACAAAAUCAGUUAUUUCAAAAGGAAAUUUUAAGGCUAGAUCCUUGUUUGUUUAUUUCUGUUUCAGGAUUUUCAUGUUUUAAGAAUUAUUUUGAAAAUGUGAACUUAUAUGAACAUAGAUUAAAACGUAAUGUGAACACCUCAAUUGUAGAGAAAUGUGAUUUACUAGGAUUAGAUUAUCUAUGGGAAAUCUGUUUAAAUGUACCAGAUGAAAGUAUAGCUCAUAAUGCAAUACAACUCUUACUACAUAUGUCUUAUCUGAGCCUUAAUCCUAGACUAAAAAAGGAUCCUGUGUCUUUACAUAAAAAAUUUAUCUCAGAGUGUUACAACAGAUUAGAGGCAGCUAUGAUUGGUAUAGGCAGAAAUUUAAUUGCUCAAUCUAUCUCAUCAGCUACUAAAAUGUUAACUGCUCCUGUAGUACCAGAAGUAGCUAAUGUACCACUACCAUCUAAGUCAGUUAAUUUAUUAGCUAUAGAAAGGUUAUUAUGGUUAGCUGAAUCCUAUGUGUUAUCAGUAGAAGAGACACAUAGUUCACCACGUACUAUUUUACCUCAUGGGGCAUCUUUUCAUGGUUAUCAGAUAUCUAUUAAUUGUGAAUCACAGAGACAGAAUUUCACAUUAUCAUGUCACAGCAACGAGACAUUGAGAUCAUUACGUCAGAAAGUAUCAGAUGAACUCAAUCAAAGUACAGAUCAUAUACAGAUUGUAGCUAAAGACAAGCUGAUUAAUAGCAGUGAAGAUGAGAAGUUAUUGUAUCAGUUAGAUUUUGGAGAUUGUGAAGAUCUUCAGAUUAGAGUUGGUGCUACUGGUACAUCUACUGUAUCAUCUGGUACUUCCAGUUCACAAUCAUUACAAUCAAAAGAGGUCAACACUAAUAAACGACUUAUUGUUAUUUUACAGGAGAAAAUGUUGCCUGGUGUUGUCAUGGCAAUUGGUGGUCAAGUAUUUGAUAUGUUAUACAGAUUAACAGAAUUAGACGAGUCAAAAAUAACUAAAAGAGUACAGAAUUUAUUAAUGUUAAUACCAACAGAUCCUGCUGUUUCUGAAGCUUUAGAUUCUCUUGGACAAAAGGACAUGAAAACUUCAUUGUCUAGUGAUGAUGUUUCGAGUAUGAAGUCCAGUCCAAAGAAGAACACAGUGAGCCCUGCCAGUCCAAGAUUGAGUCCUAGAGAUACCCUGAAAUCAUUAUUUGAUUGUAAUGCUCCAGACAUGUCAGCUUUUAGAGUUCUAUAUAAUCUAGAGGUAUUAAGUAGUAAAUUAAUGCCAACCACUGAGGAUGCUGGUUCCAGAGUUAGUGCCAAGAGUUUCUGUGAAGACUUUCUGCUAGCUGAAGGGUUAACACUAGUGGUUAAUGUACUACAACCAGAAUCAUUACCCACUGAUAUUAACUAUCAAAUAAGACAAGGUUGUUAUUCUAUAUGUCUACAGAUGGCCAGAUAUUUACUGUGUGGUCAAACUGUAACAGGAGAUAAUGUUAAUCAACCAGAAAGUGAUGAUGAAACUGGUGCAGCAUCAUUAGUAACUACAGCCUCCCCAGCUCAUGGUCCUCAACUGUCUAAUAAACUUCAAUCUGCUGGUUCACAUGCUAUACAGACAUUAGGAGAGAAAGAUUUCACUAAGACUGUAUCAUGUUUUAUGAGGGUGACAUGGGCUGCCGCGGCAGGCAGAUUACAUCUACUCAGUUCCUCACAACCAAUCAGAGAGAGUAGAGAUACAUUUAAUUGUGGUCGCAGAAGUCGACAAAGUAGUUCAGGAAGUACAGCUAGUACCAACAGUGACAGUGAUUGUCAAAGUUUACAUGCUGGUGUUUGUUCACAUCAAAUAUCAAUACCAACUAAAGAUGUACAUAUUGCACAAGAAGCUUUAGAAAUUUUAACUGCUUGUUUGAAGCUACGCAGAGAGUUGAUGGCCUCUUUUUAUUCCUUACCAUGUGUCAGUGAUUUUGUGAUAGAUAUUCUAGUUGGUUGUCCACAGAUUUUGAUUCGUCAGGCAGCAUUAAAAAGUUUACAUGAACUCAGUCAAAUAGAGAUUCACUUACCUCGAGAUAACUCCUUACAAUCACCACAUCAAUUUGUCUUACAGUUAUUAUUACGGGCUUACCUCCCCUUUUGGGUGACCUCUUCACAAACUAGAGGUUCUAGUCAGAAGUUACUCAAUCAAUGUACUCAGUAUUUUGAAUUACGUUGUUUACUUCUGGAAAAUCUAUUAGUAUAUAAUCAGAAGAAGUUACAGAUAGAUGUGGUGUCUAUGUUAGAAGAUGAAUUAGGAUGGUUAAGUAACUUCGUGCCCUCUCGACAUGUAGAAUUAAACAAAACAGAUAAUACUUUACUAGCUGGUCAUCUUAAACUAAUUAAAACAUUAUUUACUUGUGAAGGUGUGGAUAAGAUAGAGAAUGGUACAGAUGUAGUGAGAGACUUGUUACAUGAAUUUCUGUUUCCUGCCUCUAAGUUAAUGCUAGAUAGCUUGAAUGAAUCUACUACUGAUUAUAACUUAGCUGAAUUCAACCCAAAAUGUUCUAAUGCUGAAUCAAGAGUAGCAGCUUAUGAAUUAUUAACAGAAUUAGCUGAUGGUUGCUUAGUUAAUCUUCAGUUAAUCUGUAAAGAAUUAAUACAGAUGCACCAUCAACCCAAUAAUAUUGGUGCCAAUGAAUGGGAUUAUAUGCCACCAGUAGAUGGACGAGCUAGUUGUGGGUAUGUGGGAUUAAAGAAUGCUGGUGCUACAUGUUAUAUGAACUCUGUUAUACAACAGUUAUAUAUGACACCAGGUGUACCAGAAGCUGUACUAGCUAUAGAUCAAGAUGAUGCUGAUGAGGAAACUGUGUUCUAUCAAAUGCAACAAGUUUUUGGCCAUCUUAUGGAGAGUCGCUUACAACAUCAUGAACCUGAGAAAUUCUGGCAAGUCUUUAAACUGUGGGGCCAAACUAUCAACGUCAGGGAACAACAAGAUGCUUUUGAUUUCUUCCAAGCUUUGAUUGACCAAGUUGAUGAACAUAUGAAGAAAAUAGGCAGAGAUGAAAUAUUUAAACAGAAAUUUCAGGGGAUAUUUUCAGACCAAAAAAUCUGUAAAGAUUGUCCACAUAGAUAUGAAAGAGAAGAAGCUUUCAUUGCAUUGAAUUUAACAGUAAAAAAUGCUACCUUACAAGAUUCUCUAGAUCAGUUUGUGAAAGGAGAGUUGUUAGAGGGAGAUAAUGCUUAUUUCUGUGAGAAAUGUGGUGAAAAGAGAAACACCAUUAAAAGAAUGUGUAUCAAAACUCUACCAUCUAUGUUAUGUAUACAAUUAAAAAGAUUUGGAUAUGAUUGGGAAGCCAACAGAGCCUUGAAAUUUGAUGACUAUUUUAGGUUUCCAUGGAUACUAGAUAUGGAGCCAUAUACAGCAGAAGGUAUGGCCAGACAAGAGAAUGAAGACAAUACAGAAGAUACAUGUAGUGAGAGUGGUGAAAAGAUUAAUGGUGACCACUCAGUUACCAGUGGAGAUACUAUGGAACUCUCACUUAGUCUAGAUAGUCAACCUAAACAAAUCAACUUUGAACUAGUGGGUAUUGUGGUCCACAGUGGUCAAGCUAAUGCUGGUCAUUAUUAUUCAUUUAUAAAGGAUCGAAGAGGUACGGUACUAACAAAUCCAAAUAAAGGCAAAUGGUUUAAAUAUAAUGAUACUAUCGUAGAAGAAGUGAUGAUGGAUGAAACUACGGUAGAACAAGAAUGUUUUGGUGGAACCUAUAAACCUAAAGUCAUUGACCAAGGUAGUAACUAUCCAGAAGAACGAUUACGAUAUUGGAAUGGUUAUAUGUUAUUUUAUGAAAAAAUGGAUGAAUUGAAGACACCAGGAUCAGCUAAAAGAAGUAGAAUAAUAUCACGAAGAGUUCUACCAGAGGGAGGGAAACGUAGUUUAGACUCUGAUAGUUUAAUGGAAUUAACAGAAUUGGUCCACAAAGGAGAAAGAAAAGGAAUAUUUUUAGACAAGAUGCCAGCAAGUAUACAACAAGUUAUACAUGCUGAAAAUGUGACCUAUGUUAAAAAUCGAGAUAUUUAUAAUAAUGAAUACUUUAAGUUCAUUCGCGAUUUAAUCAAUAAAAAUGUGGUAAGCCUAAUAUUAAAGAAAAGGUUCAUAAAAACUAGAAUUAUGAAAAUGUUCUUUUUCCCAGUGUACAAUAAUAAAUGGGUUUUUAAUGUUAUUUGUAGAAGGGAACUAGAUCAAUGGUUAUAUGUAUUAAAGAGAAUUAUAACUAAAUGUAAAGAAGCUUGUUUAUGGCUUGUAGAAUAUUUUGCCAGUAAAGAAGGCUCAGAAUUUAUCAAGCCAUUUUUGUUAGAGUGUCCUAAUAAGGAUAUUAGAGUGAUGUUUUCUGAAUUGUUAGAAAAUCUAAUGUCUGCUUUCUUUCUCCAUGGUGGGACUCAUAAAAGUUUUGACCCUAUAUUAGAACAGUUAUUACAUAUGUUAAAUAAAGACGUGGUAGAUAAUGUAAAGAAUGCUGUACAGUAUUUUAAUCUUAUAUUAGCUUAUAUACAAAUGGGUACCAAAGCCUGUGCACAUAUGUUUGGUCGUCAAGGCUUUCAACGUCUGGUCACAUUUUUACUUGGUCAUCCAGAUACCUUUGAUUCCACAAGUCGAAGAUGGAUCUCUAUUCAAGCGAGAGAGUUUGGUUUCUUACAUUCUUCUAUAGCUUCUUUAAUAUUAAACUGUGAUCUAGCACCUUAUAGAACUGAAUCUGUAGGAGAUUAUCCAGUUCGACAACCACAAACAGUUCAACCGAAAAUAUUUCUACGAAUGUCUUCAGAUAUGGAGAAAUAUGUUUAUGGUGUUGAUAGUGAUAGAUAUUUAAAAGAGGUUAUUCAAGCUGUGAAAGAAUUACCAUCAGUUAAUCUUCAGCCUAUAUUUGAUAUGUUAUUAUAUUGUGCGUUUUGUAAUUCUAAAUUUAGUUUAUUGGUUAUUAAACAUCUAGCUCUUCAUUAUAUGAAUUCACCAUCCAAUGAAUUAAAACCAAUAUUUGCUCUGCUGAAUGAACUGUUGAGCAUGGAAGAUCCUCUCCAACUCUCAAGAUUAAAAUGGGUGAUAGAUGGUUCUGUUAUAAGAUUAAAUCAUGUAUCAGAUAGUAUUCGCUCCUAUAGAUGUAUAAAGUUUUUAGUCAGCUUUACAACAGAAUGUACAGUAGCUAAAGAUUAUUUAUUACAAACACCAAGUAAAUGGCAGUGGGCUGUUAACUGGCUAAAGAAAAAGAUGAGUGAACACUAUUGGAGUAGCACUACCUCAGCUAAUAUGUCUAAUGAAGAUACCAAUAGAAAAUCAUUUCAACGUACCAAAAGUGCUCAGUACACUCUUCAAGAAGCUACUGCUUUAUUAACAGAAAUGGAAGCUCAUGAGUUGAAUACCAGUGAUAUCAAUAUGCAAACCACAGUUGAUGAUAUCGAUGCUGCUUCUACUAGCAAGGUAGAAUCAGAUGAAAUUUCCAUAUCAGAAGAGUCCAAACCCAAAUCUUAA